CCAGAUGAAAAGCUGAGGGAGUCUGUCCUUGAGGAGUUUAAUUUGUUGGACAGAAAAUAUGAUGCUCAUCUUAACUUCUUGUCUGUCAAGUAUGCYGAGGAAAUAAGUUGUAGUUAUGGAGGUUGGUCUAAACAGGAUCAUUUCCAUUUCACUUGCUUGAUGGAGCAAUACCCACCAGAGUUGCCCAAUAGAAGGGCUUUGUAUAUUGAUAGAAUGCUGAGAGAAAUACCACACAAAGGAAGAGCUCAACUGGUAGAACAUGAGAAUUGGUUGCUCGCGCACAAGUCAUACCAGAGUCAAAGGCAUAGUAUUCUUAGAGCAUGGUCAAGAGACAGAGAAGAUCUGCUCCUUAAAGUCCAAGCCACAUUUGCUGAUGCCUGGAUUGCAUUAGAGGAACACAAGCAGAAACUACACACAAGACAACAACAGCAACAGAUUUGUCAAGAACUUUAUGAAAAGGUUCUUGCAUUCAGGGAGCAAAAACUUGAAGCCCUUCAGCUACAAGCUGCCAUUGCUGCCUGGAAAGAAAAAGAAGAAAAAGCUUCCUUAAAGGCAGCACAAGCAAAACAAAAACAAAAACGAGAAAAGAUCAAAGAAAAGAUUAAAACCUAUGAGGAACAGAAGAUGAAAGARGCAGAAGAAGCAGCAUUAAGAGAAAGACAACGCUUGGAAGAGCUACAGAUCAAACUAGCAGAACAAGCAGAGCUGGACAAAGAAAGAUAUGAUUAAUGACAGUAAGAAGAAAGUGUCAUUGCCUGUGUAUAAACACUUUUAGCCUAAUAUUUUUAAAAGGAUAUCAUUGUCAAGCAAAAGGUCUUAUGCUUUUUAUGUAUAAACUACAGGCAUGUAAAUAGCAACAGCAUUAUGAACUAGCACAAGAAUAGUUGCGAGAAGACACUCCUUUAUUGUCGGUAUUUGCUACUACCAAGAAAGGGUCGCGUGACAUGUGACUUGGUCGAGUUUCAAAGCCUGGAAAACUCGAACAAAGUCACUUCAUCAAGUUCAGAUUUCAUCGUUUCGAACAAGUAACUAACUUAAACACUGUUUAAAAAACAUUUUUAGCGUUAGUUCUUCAUCGGAUUAAAAACAUGUAAAAAAGA